AUGGCAUUCACAAAGGCCUGUUGUACUCUUCCUCCUGUUCAAUCUGACUACACUCCUGUUGGUGCUGUAGAAAAGAUUGAUGACCUUGAUGUUUACACUAUUGGUCCCAAGGACGCGAAGAAGGCUGUUCUUGUGAUCUAUGAUAUCUUUGGUUUCCACCCCAACACAAUGCAAUUCUGUGAUAUUUUGGCCAAGAACUGUGGUUGGAAGGUUGUGAUGCCUGAUUUCCUUCGCGGUGAUUAUUGGAAUUUUGAACGAGGCGAUAUGUCUGCUUUGAUUGCCUGGAUCACCAAAGUUGGCACUCUUGAAAACAUGACACCUGACAUCAACCGUGUCCAAGAACAACUCAAGAAAGAUGGCGCAGAAUCUGCUGCUAUUGUUGGUUUCUGUUGGGGUGCCAAGAUUGGUGUUGCCUUGACUUCCAAUCCUUUCUUUGCUGGCGCUUCCUUGAUCCAUCCUUCCUUUGUCGAUGUCAAGGAUGCCGAAAAGGCCGGUGCUCCUAUCCUUGCUAUUCCCUCCAAGAAUGAACCCGAUAUGACUGAAUACAUGCAAAUUUUAUCUAAGAAGCCUUUUGGUGCUUUAUGUAAGCAUGUUCGCUUUGAUGAUCAAGGCCAUGGUUUCUGUGCUGCUCGUGGUAAUUACGCUGAUGAGCAAAACGCCAAGAGAGCUAAUGAAGCUAUUCAAAUGACUGCUCAAUUCUUUACCGAAUGUUUCAAGCAAUAA